UCCAAACAUGGCAGCCCAUUUAUCCAAGCAAAAGCUCCUCACCCAGCAUCUGACAAAGAAGUGGCUCACUUCCUCCAGGUGCCCAUCAUACAUGAUCAUUCAGUGCUCUUCACUUCAGCUGCUCUGCAGAGAACCUCAACACCAUGUUGAAAGCCCGUGGACUUUGUGUUAUUAUCGUUCAGCUGUCUAUGGCAGCAGGAAUGAAUGCUGAUUGGAGCGUACAGAGGACUCUAUUCGGCUCUAAUCUAGGAAACAGGGCAUUUCCUCAGAUGACUCCACCAAGGUUUGACCCACUACAUGCGGAUCCUGGAGAUGCUGGAAUGUGGCCAACUGAUACACUAAGAUACACUAAGUCCGAACAAAUGAGUGCAAUCAAUACUAGUGUAGGUUUGUGGUUUACAGAACCUCUGAUUUUAUCUAUGUUAAAGACACAAUGUCAGAGAAUCACUGAUAGUUGGAAUCCUGCUUUUCAUGCACUGGGUUCCAUAAAUCAGACAGUACCUGUUUAUGUCGGAGGUACUUGUCUCAUUAAGGAGGCCUUUCCACUUUAUCUGACCCGUUCAGAUGGUUUUAGAUUCAGCCAUAAUGACGCAUUUGAGACAGAAAUUAUGUCUAACCAACAACAUAUGACCCUUGGGGAAGGUGAUACUAAAUACAGCCACCAGACUAUAGUUAUUAUGGAAGAAGACCCUGCAGUGAUUGAGUCAGCCACUUACCUAUUUAAUAGGCAUCCCACUGUAUCAACUUUGCUGAGAUACCAGAAGGGCACACUGCAUGUUCUCAGGGGAAGCCAUUUCUUUUCUACUAAAAAUCACGAUGUCAUACUGGUUGGCCAUGGCAGCAAUGGUACCAGUGGACCAGUCCAGCUAGCUGGUUAUGACCCAGAGGAGCUUGCCAGAUUUGUGUCAACCUUAAAAACUGAACGCAUCUUUGGUCAUCUUGGCACCAUAAGCCUCAUAAGUUGCAACCUUGGAAAUGACCUGCACUUUAUGUUGCAGCUGCUACAAGUUCUCCGGUCUCUCAGUGUGGAAACAAAGCUUCACCUACACAACUCCUUGCUGUCUGUUAACUCUGACGGAGAGAUAAUGACUAGGACUGAUGGAGUCUGGAGGUCCCAUGACCACAGCAGAAAAGUCAUUGCUGAACUGGACCAAAGAGGUGACCUGCUUACGAAAGUGGAACUUGGCUGUGCAGGGCCAGUGUUUCCUGAUUAUAAAGGUAAUGUUUUGUAUCUUCAGACAUUAGAGUGGCCAAGCCACCCUCAAAUGUUUGUUCCAAUGGAGCUACGCAAAAAGUACCCUUUUAUUGUCUGCCUGGAGGGUCUUACUUGGAGCUUGUUCUUUGAGGAAAAUGAAAGAAGGCGUGCUCCUGAUUAUGUCCCAUACCGCGAUCAAAGACACCUGAAAGCAAUUUGGCUUACAGAGCCAGGACCAGAUGAAGACAACAUGGUCUUCAAACAUAUCAGUAACAUUCAAGAUCUACUUGUGGAGAUACGAUACAAUGCCAGAGAGGAAGUUGCAUCAGACCUUUACUACGUUCUCAAUGAAUGCAUUUACAAAGUACAUGGGAAAAAUCUUAGUGUAAGUCUGGUAGGCAAGUUCAUGAGCAGUGACAAUCAAGCUGAAAUCGAAAAUUUCCGUCAGAAUUUCAAUGAGCAGCAGGAUGAGUCCUCCCUGCAGGAGCUGAGACAGGGUCUCAAAGCAUCCAAAUUCAAUGGCUUCUGUCGCCAGACUUUCCAGUUCCAGCAGUGUAACUAUAACUGUGAGAGAUGGGGUCGUUACUUCAUGGCAGCAGUGUUUUCAGCAUCUGUGCGUAAUUUCAGAACCUUCUCCCUUUUCCUCAUGAGUGUCAUAGGUUGUGAAGUAGGCCGCUCACGGGGGACUGACAGCCCCCUGUGCACAGCAUUUGUUGGAGCUGAACACCCCAUGGUGACUGAUCAACCCUGGCCUGAACGUCUGCAACGAGGAUUCUAUGGCUGCACUGUUGACAACUAUGAAAUGGCACCGCACAACAGACAGAUUUGGUUAGAUCAAGUUGUUGCAAAGGAAAAUGCCCUGUACAUCACAUCCAUGCAGAUGAUGAAUGCUGUCGACCAUGAUGAGAAAACAGAGCUGGACAUCUUUGGGAAGGUCAAAGUCAUGAAUAAGUAUGUGUUCUCAUCUUAUCUAGAAUUCUUUCGAGGUACACCUGAGGGAAAAAAACUCAAGAGAGGAUGUGCUCCCUCUUUCCAUGAGAAUUUAAAUCCAUAAUGCUGGUGUAAUGUGUGAUUAAUGGAGUUCAUUUCAUUGUGUAUUCGUUGCAGAGUUGGCUCUAGUAUUCUUCUAUGCAGAAAGGUCUGACACAAAUGUUGUGUUCUGCCUGAUGCUGAUAUGACAUUGCAAUAAAGUGCUGCAUAGUCUACUUCUACUGCUUCAGCUUGCUGGCACAACUACACAUUUGAUAGUGUUUUAAUAGCUAAGAGUGGAAAUAAGCUUGAUAAUGUGCCAAAUUAAAGCAAUAAAACACACUGUUAUAGCAGAUAUUUCACAGCAGAUAUUUCACAUUUUCAUUGAAACUACCUAAACUGUAUGAGACAAUUUGUUUUCUUAUUAAACCAAAAAAUGAUUAAACAAUAACAAAUGCAGUACUUGUGAUUUCUUUGUAUGUUUAUUACAUCAUUUUUCUUAUGGUGUCACACAGGUCAGAAUACAGAGAAUUACAAAACAUAAAUACAUAGAAAAUGCAGGAUUAAAGAGGGAAAAGCAUUACUAGUAGAAACUUAUAAAGGGACUAUAAAGCACACAUUCUGUGAUGUUUCUCCAGAUGAUUGCAAAGACAAACAUACUGACGUCCGAAAGAAUCCAAACUACGCUUUCUUACUGACACAAGGUCAAAUUGAGAUGAUUAUUAUCAUAUACUUAAAGAUUCAGACAAGGUUUAACACUUGAAGUUACUGUGUAAACCGUCAUUGCUAACACAAUAACAGAUACUGUGAAUUGAGAAUUGCAGCAAUAGUUCUGCACAAAGAAAGAAAGUAAUUCUAUUUAAAAGUUUGAAAGCUUCUGAAAGUUAAACUGUUGUUCUUCCUCAAUAUUUCUGAUGAUCGGACCCAUUUGAAGGCACCAUGAAUCACUAUUAUACAUGGAAAAGAAACACAAGACAAAGUUGGAGCAAAUGAGGGAAAGUGACUAUGUUAAUGACUAUGACUGUGAUAAUGCCGCCUUUUGCACCAGUUAAAUUCAAAAUUAGUGUUAGGGCCACUGACAAACAAAGUGCAUGUUGGAUCGUCUAAUAGUGUCUGAUGGGUUCAAUAUGUGUAAUUAGUUUGUACAACGUGUAGUCUGAAGGCAGUGUUAACGGCUGUUCUGAAUGUCAACUGAAAACUUUUGGAAGUC